GCCUUUCUUGCAAAACGUCCCGAUACUGUUGAAUGCGUUUUAAAGAUACGUCCUGGGACAGCGUAUAUUCUGUAGCGUUGCGUUGGAAGCCAAUUGCAUUAAGCAACUGCGAAAUGCCUGCCACCGAGAGUAGUUUCUCUUUAAUUGUUUUAUUCUCGAGACGUAUGGUGCGAUAUUUGGGAUUUGUUGGCUCUUUAAGUACAUUUUCAAUUAAAACGAGUAGAAUACGCGUCGCUUCGAGAUAAGCAUCUGCGGAAUUUUCAAAUGAUUGCGACCGUUGGGUUUGUGUAGCUGAGCUAUUGCCAUUGGUGGAUGAGGUAAUUGCAGUAGACGAUGUGUUAGAGGUAGAUGCUGUGACGGUGACGGGUGUGUUGUUUGCUGCAUUGGGUUCGAUUGAGCGUAUACAUUCAAAAUUUACUUCAGACAUUUCUUUGUUAUUAUUCGUAGAGGCCGCCACGUUUGGUAUGAAGAAGCGUGUAGGCAGACAGUUACCGAAGAGGAGGUGAGUCAGUUAAUAGAAGUUCCUAAAUUGCGUUGUUUUUCUGAAUUUACACUGUCAACUACACUCUAUAAUUGUGUGGGAAAUAAAUUAAACAAUUAGAAUAUACUUUUUUAGCGUCGCAAUUAGUGAAAGCGCAAUUGUUACGUUUUUAAUUAUACAUUUACGGCCAGACGUAGUAUUACAACAAUAAACAGAUAGUGUUUUUAUUUGUGAACUGCGACCCGACAGCAAAGCAACCGUCGAUAAUGGUCAGCUGUUUUUUGUUUUGAACGCUGUUUAUUGAUUACUGAUGAUGCUGUCGUAUGGUGUAAAUGUUUUAUGUAUGGUGUUGAUCAGAAAUUUGCCUUGCCGCAUUAAACAAUACCAGAGAACGUAUAUCAUAUACAUCAUAUACGUUCUCUGACAAUACUCGAAGAGUUGUAAAGGUGAUAGGAAUGUAAAAAUUAUGAUUAAACUAUAGUCAGAUUUAGCAUCUCAAUUGAACCCGAGACUAAGAGCACUAACCAAAAAUAUAAUUAACAUUAAUACAGAUAUGAUUUUAGUAAUAUUUUUUAUUUGCUUUAUUAAAAUUGGAUAUAACUCUUUAAUAUUUUUAUAAGGACGGAAUUGAAUACAGUAAAUAAAUUUUAUUCAGCUCAAUAUUAUUGAAAGUUAAAUUACCACCUCAUAAUUUCAUAGCGUGUGGCAGCGACAAAAACAUAAGACCAGAAAGGCACAAAUAGCGAAAUGCUAUAAAAAAGUGACAGUACAAGUGUUUGUUAUGAUUAUUAUUUUUUUGCUCUUUGCUAACAAAGUAUUGUAAUGUCGUAGUAAAAUAAUUAUUUGAUAUACGGGUUUAUUAAUUAUUUCAAAGUUAACAUAACCCGCUAUAAUUUAUUGAAAACCCGGUCUUUUUACCUGAACAAAUUCUCAUUGUUAUUAAGCAAUGUGAUUUCUCAAAAAAUUUGUAUUAUCAAGGACGAAUUCAGAACAAAUUAAGAGAAUUCAACUAGUAGUAGUGGGUAAACAUUUUUAACUUCAAGCAGAGAAACUUUCCAGAUUUUUGAAAGUCAUUAAUAAGGAAAAGACUUAAUAAACAGGCAAAUCGACGCUGGUGGAAACAAGUUAAACUAAGUUAAAGGGAACGCUCAUGAAAAAUGCGUGGAAUUGAAGGCAAAGUGGUGGUGCUGGGCUCACGAGGAGUUGGUAAAACACAUCUGAUUACAAAAUAUAUAAAAAACACAUUGCAUAGGGAUAUUGGUCCAACUAUAGCGGCCUCCUUCUUUACUUGCAAAGUGCUCUUGGACGAUGUAAAAAUCAAAUUACAAAUCUGGGACACAGCUGGGCAGGAGCGUUUCAAAGCCGUCGCACCAAUGUAUUAUCGCAACGCCAAUGCAGCUAUUUUAGUUUUCGAUUUGACGCAACACAAAACAUUUGUCGAUAUCAAAGCGUGGAUACAAGAGCUGCAUCGCCACGUGCUGGAGCCUAUGAUACUCACAUUGGUCGGCAACAAGUUGGAUUUGCUAGCACAGCGCACAGUUACACACGACGAAGCCUACUUGUUUGCCACGUCCAUCGGCGCUACUUACUUCGAGGCAUCAGCCGAAACGGAUCAGGGGCUCGAGCAAGUAUUCCUCUCCACCGCACUGGGUCUGGUGCGUUUGGCGGAUGAGGGUAAAACUCGUUCACUGCGCCAAUUCGAUUCGUGUGACUCCAUAUCAGCCUAUACGAACAACAACACCGCUUUAAGCCAUACCUGUGCAGCGUUGUCAGCAAAAAACGGCAAUGCGGCUUUUCGUUUGCCAUACGUAGACAUCGGCAUACCCGUGGAUGGUGAUGAUGAGCGCAAAGUGACGGGCGUGGGUAGACUUGAGACGCCUUCGUGGAGCAUUUCACAUAUUGCUUUCGGAGAAGAGGAGUCGUCCAGCUGCUGUUGGUAAUCUAGAUAUUAAAAAAAAAAAAAAAAUUUUAACGGCGUGUAGCUUUAAAAGGGGCUAACUUUAACAAUGUAUAGGUGAUUUACUCAUAUAUAUUCUAUAUUUGCUGAGUACGAAAAGUAUUUUUUAGAAAGCAAAACGUAAAAAUGUUUCAAAAUGUAAAACUAAAAGCAAUUAUAAUCAUAAUUAGAUUAAUGUUAUAAUAUAUCUGUAAAUAAUAAGCAAGCCGUUGGUGGGCGGUAGUUCACUGCGUGAGAUCGCAAAAGCAAUCGUGACUAAGCUUUAGUUGAUAAAUUGCGCUACUGCCUACUUUUGUACUGAUAUUAAAUAUAAGCGCAUUUGUACGAGCCCAUGUUGCAUGAGGAAGUUUUUUUAUUCGAAAUCAAUUAUUUCUAAAACAUAAUUUAUUUUUGUUGAAAACAGUUAUUUGAGGAAUUGCAGUUGUAGCAAUAAUUAUUUGCUCACUGAAGGCAUUAAGACGCUUUGUUAUUAGCUUUACUGAAAUGUUUAAUAAAACAUUAACAUAAUCAAAUCAAACACAUGUACAAACGACAACAACAGAGUGUGUAUUUUAAGAGCACUAACCAUCGUCGCAAACAAAAGAGACGUAGAUCAAAGACGUUGUAUUCUCAUAUUUGUAAAAAAAAAACAAAAAACAAUUAUUUAUGUAAAUAUGUAACACUUAGUACAUAUACACC